AUGGCGGCCGGGGACACGCUCACGCCGAUGGAAACCAUCGAGGGCACGCCCAAGAAGUCGUGCAAGCUGCAGCCGCCGAGUCUCAAGCGAAUUGUGCUCAAUCCGCGCGCAUACCUGACGCCGUUCGUGGUCUUCAUCAUCUUCCACCAUCUGCCCAUGUUCCUGGCCUUUGGACUCAUUGACAAGCCACACGAGGGCUACGAAAACUGCGACAGACUUAAGGACCUUUUCCGCUGGCUACACGUAGCCUUCCUCUUCCACCUGAUCCUCGCUUGUAUGAUGUUCGCCAGCGUCGUCUACACGCUGUCUACUAAAGUGUACCACGAGCGUCGACCAGAGGGCUGGCUAAUCCUUACGAUUUUCUUGGGUUAUUGGGCAAAUCUGGGCUGGACGCUUUAUGGUGAGGCUGCUAUGCGCACCGACACGAGUGUCUGUGGCGAUACGAACUGGGAGGAGGUGCAAGACCGCGCCGACUCGAUCGGCUACUUCCAGCACUUUGACUCUGUAUUUACCGUGGCUAUUAUCAUGGCGGGGGCCUGUAUGUCGUACAUGUGUGGUGUACACAGCGGAGAUGAUGCCGCAGAGGCCGAAAAGCGCUGGCAGAAGCGCUGUUUAUGCUGCUUCCACACCUUCACGUGUCGUAAGACAAUGGAAUACGAAGGAGACGACGACGUGUUUGAGACUUUGGGGCGUGUAUUGGGUAAAUUCUUCGUGGUGCGGUACAAAACCAACCGGUACGAAGGUUUGAGCUUCACGGACUUGAAAUUCAGCUUGGAUUUGGUGUCCAAAGUGCAGAAGGAAGAGCGUGAACACGAAACUGAACGCAGAGCUGAACUCGCAGCUCAGGGGAUCCCCACUGUACAGCAUUUUGCCCCUGACGAAGAGGAGAAACGUCUCAGCGACUUGGCCUUCUAUUGCAAGAUGGCUAUUGGCAUCUACGGGUGGCCCAUUUACGUAUGGUACUCUCCGUGCUACUGGUUCCGGAUCUUCGGGUGCUUUAAGAAACCCCUAGAGGAACAAGUGUUUGAGCACGACAAUUUCUUACACGGUAAUCGUGCCAGUUUCGUCAACUAUACCGGUGUCAAGGACUCGGAUCUUGUAUACCUCAAUUGCUACAACUUCGUGUUCCAAGCGCCGUAUUGCAUCGUCAAGGACAAGACACGCAAAGAACUCAUCAUCAGUGUGCGUGGCAGUAUGUCCUUCUACGACUAUGUGACGGACGGCUUGGCUCAGAUUGUGCGUAUGGAGCCUAGCGAACUCCCAGACGACAUCCCGUACUCAUUCGACACACGGACACACUACGGGAUGCUACGAACAGCACGGCAGAUAUUCAAAGACCUCCAGGAGAGCACUCGUAAAGCUGUUUUUUGGGAUUUUGCGAUGGCCAAGUGCUCUGCUGGAGGCCUCAUGGAUGACGAGGACACAGACUGGAAAGUGGUGGUCUGUGGCCACUCCAUGGGUGCUGGAGUGGCCUGUAUCCUUGCCAUUUUGUUGCGUAAAAUGUUCCCCAACACAAAGGCCUUUUUGUAUGCGUCACCGCCACUGUUUGACCCAGAGACGGCAGCUUGGACGAGGACGUUCGCGACGACUGCAGUGUAUGGCGACGACAUCGUGCCACGUCUUUCUAUUGCGAACAUGGCUCGACUACGUGACGAGAUGGCGAUUCACUACGAUGCUGUGGCAAAUGAACCCUUGUAUAAAGUGAAGUACGGCGUGCAUGGCAAGUUAAAAGAUUUGAAAGAAGAGCGGCAACAACCAGUGGCAGCAGCUGGUCCAGAGUCAAGCAGUCGUGGAGUUCUUGGAGGACUCCCCACUGUGUUAGAAACGGCAAAUUCGUUGAACACGGGUACGUCGACGAUGAUGGAUACAAGUUCAAGUUCGUUCAUCAAUAACUCGUUUGUAGGCGGAUCAUUGACGCCAACAGACUUUGGAGCUUCAGGUGUUAACGUCAUCAAUCGCCCUUCACGCGACUUGAGUAACGCCACGAUGAUUACGCUGCCACAGGAAGACUCGAGUCAAGAAGUGGAUGUGCCCGGUGAGAUUGUCCAUAUUCAGACCGUGAAGAUGGCACGUCGCUGUGGUUGCACAGUGUUUCUGGGCGAACAAAAGCUACAGUACACAUUGCGCGAAGCGAGCUACUUCCGCCGUAUUUGGGUCACGCCUCGCUCGGUGCAAGACCACUUGUUCCACCACUACGACCGUAAGAUUCGCUAUCUUGUGAACGAUUGCAUGGACUUUGAGACGCCUGUGGCCGCUCAUCGCCCCAGCGCUAGCGCUAGUGCGAGAACGUCUUGGGUCGACGACUCGGAACGAGACAGUAAGGACAAGGCGCCCGGCACGCCCCAGACGGGUUACAAGGACAUCGAAGCGGUCGUGUAA